CCAUUGUUGAAAUUAGUUACUUUUAAAACCCAAACUACUAAUCGGAUGGUUUUAAACAAAAAUAUACAAUAUAAUUGGAACUUCUUUUAUUUUAUGUUUGGUUGCAUAAGGCCAUGAAAAAUAAUUUAUUUUGGUAAAGUUUAGGGUUAUCAAUUGGCAAGUUGCGUGAUUCGUGGAGAUUUGGAGUUUGGGGAUAUUGUCGUAGUUUGCUUUGGUGUAUAAACGUCAAAUUUAAAUGUUUUGAUCGGAGGGGUUUUGUUCUCAAUUUUAAUGAGUUUGUAAAGUGAUUUUAAAGCUGGCAAUCUAUUUACUCUGAGUUGUUUAGAACACAUUCCUCUUGAUAAUGGGAGGCCUGCUCAGCUACUUCCGCAACCUGCUGGGGAGCCGCGAGAUGAGGAUCCUCAUCCUGGGGCUGGACGGCGCAGGGAAGACCACCAUCCUCUACAGGUUACAGGUCGGGGAGGUGGUCACCACGAUACCCACCAUCGGCUUCAACGUGGAGCAGGUCACGUACAAGAACCUCAAGUUCCAGGUGUGGGACCUGGGUGGCCAGACGAGCAUACGGCCGUACUGGCGGUGCUACUACUCCAACACGGACGCCAUCAUCUACGUGGUGGACUCUGCAGACAGAGACAGGAUAGGCAUCUCCAAGGAUGAGCUGUUGUACAUGCUCAGGGAGGAGGAGCUGCAAGGAGCGAUCCUGGUGGUGCUGGCCAACAAGCAGGACAUCGAGGGCGCGCUGAGCGUGGCGGAGGUGCACCAGGCGCUGGGCCUGGACGCGCUCAAGAACCGCACCUUCCAGAUCUUCAAGACGUCCGCCACCAAGGGCGAGGGGCUGGACUCCGCCAUGGACUGGCUCUCCAACGCCCUCCAGAGCAGGAAGUGAGGUGUCCGCGGGCGGGCGUCUCUCGCGAAGGAACUGGCUCUUCCCCCCGCGCGUCCCGGGACUCUGGGGCGGACUCUCCCCACGUCGACUCGCUUCGCUCCUCGUGAAGGAGGGGAUCGUUAAUUUAUGUGUUGUCGUCUCGCAUAUCAUGUUUUCAUUAAAGAUUUUAUGUUGUCUGGAUUUUUUCACUUGUGUUUUGGUUUCGGAGUGUUUGUUACUGUAUGUCAAGUGCCUACCUUUUAUCCUUGAAACUGAAAUGUUAUUUAGUAAUUGGUUCAUGAGCCUAUCUGUCGGAUGACGUUGCCCAAAGAAAGUUUGUACAGGCGGUCAAUCUUUUUAAUCUUGAGCUUUUCAAAAAAAUAACAUUUUUACAAAUACAUAGACUUAACUUUUUUGUAAAAUAUAAAGUGAUACCUAUGACAUUUCUUUGUUCACUAUCCUUCUACUUUCGCUAUCCAUGCAAGGGUGGAAGUAACCCAGCUACUUACUUGAUGCACAAGUCUCUUAACUGCUGUAAGGAAAAUGCAUUUAUUUAUAUAUAUAUUUAUAAUUAGAGAUGGACGAGUCUGUAAAUUGUUGCGAGAGUUGAGCCGAGUUCAGUAAUAAUACCUUCAAGUUGAAUCGUGUUGAGUCCACACUACGUAAUUUUUUAGUAGAGUCGAGUCCUUAAAAAUCGAGCCAAUCUCAAGUAAAUGCAGAAAUUUUAGAAAAUAAUUUAAUGUUCCUGGUGUUUAUGUUAAUGUACCAUUAGCAUCAAAGUUAUAUAUCAAAGUUUAUGUAUGUUUUGAAGAAGUUAGUCAUUUGUGUCAAGUGAAUAAAUAUAAUAUAAUGAUAAAUUUUACCUAUUUAUGAUUUCAUUUAAAAUUUAGUAUAUAGUUGGGUAUGUUGGUUGUGUAAGGUUAGCAAUGUUAAAAAUACUGUUAAAUUGAUUGAAUAGUUUGUUAGAUUAGCAACAUUAAAAAUAGUAUAAAUUAGUAAGAACAAUUGUUCAGCUUAAAAAAAAGAUAUUUUAUAAAUUGGUAGUUUCUAAUAUGAUUUAAUGCUAUUUUUAAUGUACCUAACCAGUUAUUAAAAUGGUGAACUACUUGUAUUACAAUGCUUAAAAAAAGGACUUGAAAACUGCCAAAAAGUAACAAUUAAAAUUGUAUUAUUUUGAAUUUUUAUGAACAAAAGGCUCUCCAUCAGAAUCAAAUUCCGACUACAGAAUUUUUUUUUUUUUAAAGAAACCAGUCUUAUUAUAAAAACUGUGUUUUGUGCUUAGCAGCAUAAUCUCUCAAUCUUAGUAUCGACUAAAAUAAAACCCUUUUUAAAAAAUUUUAAAAAUAUGUUCCCCUUAAACUAUCUUCAACUACCUUUUUUAAUGCCAUUAAAUGGAUGUGCAAAAUAUAAUGAGCAUAGACUAUAACCUUAUUGAAACAAAAAAUGUUAAAUAGAAAAUUUACUCUUAGUUUUUUUUUCUGCCAUUUUGUAAUUGGAAACAAAUUUUCCGAUUUAAAAAACGGCAAUACUUAUGCAUUUUGAAAUGUAACCUCAAGAAUUCUUUGAAAGAAAAAAAAGGCAUUAACGUACAUGUAAAAUAAAUGUUAACUUUUGUUGUAAACAGUGUCAAAGAUAAGAUAAACGGUGCAACACUUUUGUUUUGUGCUGAGCAGCGAUAUAUCAUCAGUUUCUGCUGCAGUAGGGGGGAAAAACAUUAAUUUCAUACAAUAUUUUCUUUACAUAGUUUGUUUGCUAUGUUACAAAUCUAUUAUCUUGCAGGAGAACAUUCCAAAGUGGCGUCUUUUUCCAGCAUUCUGAAAUUUAAUAUCGGAUAAAUAUUUUAAGUUCUCGGGCAGUGUAAUUAUGUAAAAUAACUACUUGUAAGAAAACUGGACAAAUAUUAUUAAAUUACACUGUAAAAUGUUUGAAAAAUAAUGGUUUGUGAUUUUGAUUUUAUGCUUGUUGCACCCAUCAAAUAUGUAUCGCGUUAUAAAAAAAUAAAAUUGAGUUGAGUCUUGUCAAGUGCAAUGAACUCGACUGUCGAGUUGAGUCGAGCUUAGCUGCUCGCUCGACUCGGAUCAAGUUAUGAGUCUCGUCCCAUCUCUAGAUGUCGUACUUCAUAUUGUCUCAAUUUUAAGUUAUAAUCUAUCUUGUCUGAAAUAUUUUUUCUAUUGUUUGUAAAGUGCCUACUGUGAGUUUAUCCUAGCAUUAAAUGUCUGUUACGUAUGUCUGCCUUCUUCAAAUUGAUUUACAAGUGCUGUCAGAAAAAUUCCACAUUAAUGGUUAACAAGACAAGGCUUGAACACGCAAAAUAGGUACAUAGUUUUGUUCCUUGGCUCUGUCUAUGAAUAUUCUUUUGAUUUGUCAGUGAGUAUGGUGCAAUUAGUUUUAAAAAACUUGUUUCACUUUAUUAUUAUUAUUUAUUAUCUCUCUCUCUCUCUGUUAAAAAGUGGCCAGUUCUUUCAACAGUUUUCUACUGUUUGGUACAGAUGCUUAUUUUACUUGCUAUUAAUUUAAUUGUAUAUAUUUGUGCAUAUUUACAUAUUUAUAUUUGUAUAUUAUUUCAUUUUUAAAAGAGUGUUUGCAACGGCCAUGCUGUGGUUGGGUAUCUUUGUUCUUGGGUAAUAUGUUACAGUGAUACUUCAUGAGAGAGUAAAAAAUCUUUUUUGCAAGUCACUUUUGAACAUUAUGUGGUAGAUUGUUGCACUAUUGUUAUGUGUUGCUGCUUUCAUUGUCCUACAUCAUUUGUUCGAAAGUCAUGUAUUCCAAAAAUUAUGAUGAUAAACUACUUUUGAACAAACAACUGUGUUAAAGUAACCGAGACACUCAGUUUUAGAAAAAAAAAUGUGUUAAGAACAAAAAUUUCUAAGACAAACUUUUUGGAUGAUCACGAGUGAACCUGUGGAAUGUUUAGCAAGGUAGAACCAAGUGUCAUUUGAAACAACAGAUAGCUGGGUAAAAAAACAUUGUUUGAACUUAAUUUGUUUACCAUAGAGUAACUUGCAUUAAAGUCAUGUCCUCAUUGAUUUUAAAA